UCAACAGUACGAUACUACUCCGUAGUUAGUCGAUACCCAACUGAACCCACCACCAGAAGAAGAAUGGAUGCUCUCCUCACGCCGCACGGGUCAGCACGCUUGCCCCAUUUCGGUCAGGCUAACUGGAUCGAGCGAUACGAGACAAAGAUGACACUUUCUGUCAUGCCAGGCUUCAAUCCCCCCCCUCCUAGUACCUUAUGCUUUAUGCUUCAUACCCAAUCUCUCACAAUGGUCACCCUCACCCUCUCCCAAGUCACCGCGUCGAACCAACGCAUCGCCUCCACUCUCCCACUCCCCCCAGUCUAGUAGAUGGCAUUCAGCAAGAGCAUACCCCUCCCCACAAAUCACUAACCCGGAUCGCUGGUUGCAGAUACAACCGAAGGCCUCCCCUUCGCCUUCGCCACGGCCACGCAUUCCUGUCUGCGAUCCAUACUGAACCUACUCCCUCCAUUGCAGAACGCACCCUUCCUCCGCCGCGUGAUCAGUGUCCUCGCAGUCACCUGCGAAGGCGAGAUCGAUACAACCAACCUCCCCUACCUGGGCUUCCCGCUGCGCAAAUGGCGCAACCAGCUCGCUUCCAUACAAAUCCUGUUACUUGCAGAGGUGUCGCGGUGCGCACCUGAAGUGACUCGUGCAUGCUGUGCCUGGGGUGGUGCGAGGGGAAACCAUGCGCGAUGCAGAGACUAAUGUUGUUUUGAUCGCGUUGACUAAUUGCUCAUGCCGUUGAUUGAGACGCCACCGGCGGAGUGUGGCGAGCGGCAUGGCAUGUCUUUUUCGCAACAAGUGCGGUUUAUCAGGGGGUGGGGUUCCGGUUGAUGGUAGUAACAGGGGGAGGA